GGCUGUUGAGAGGGUGGGUUCGUGAAUCCCCGCCGCUGGAUUGAAUUGAUAAAAGGGACCGAAGAGCCGGAGCAUGAGCGGGUCGGACAUCGAGCCGCUGCUUCGCGGCGGUUACCGCUGUUCGUUGUGCGAUGUCCGGGUCCCGAACAGUCCCACCUUAAAUGAUCAUCUUAAAGGAAAGAAACAUCAAAAACUUCUGAGCGUGAGAACUGCCAGGAAAUCCCAGCAAGAGAAGAGCCUGUUUGUGAGUGGUUUCCACAAAGGCACAUCCAAUCUGGAGAUCACUGAUUACUUUCAGAACUUUGGCACAGUGGCAAAUGUGAUAAUGGACAAAGACAAAGGUCUAUAUGUAAUUUUAGAAAUGGGAAGUACUGCGGAAGUGGAAAAGGUGCUGUCUAUCACACAGCACUGUAUGAAUGGUCAGAAGCUACGAGUAAAGCACAAAGAGAAUAAGGAGUUCAAAUAUAUUCCAAAGAAGAAGCAGGACCCUGGGAAAAAACAGUUGAUUGAUUUUGAAGAGCUGACACAAGUUCUCUGUCAAGCAGUUGAUGUGGAUGAACAAAUGAAGCAGUUGUUGCAGUUGUUUGAACUUACAGAUAGUGAGAAAAUGCUAAGGAAGCUGAUUGUGUCGCUUUUACAGGAGGUUUUCUUAGAAUUCUUCCCAAGUUGUAGAAUCUUGCCCUUUGGAUCAUCGGUGAAUGCAUUCGAUAUUCAUGGCUGUGACAUGGAUUUGUUUUUGGAUCUUGAAAACACCAAGAUUUUUCAGGCUAACGCUAGAAGCACAGCUGAAACUGAAGAGGUUAAUGGAACUAAACUGGAUACUCAGUCUGAAACUCAAUCUGAGGAUUCGAUCUUGUCUGACAUUGACCUAGAGACGUCAACAACAGCUGAGGUGCUUGAACUUGUAGCGACUGUGUUGCAGAAGUGUGUUCCAGGUGUACACAAAGUUCAGGCUGUCACCACUGCCAGGUUACCUGUGGUUAAAUUUAUCCAUAAGGAAUCAGGCUUGCAAGGAGACAUCUCUAUUAAUAACAGGUUGGCUGUACGUAACACAAUGUUUCUUCAAUUGUGUGCAUUAGUGGAUCCAAGAGUGAGGCCUCUGGUUUAUGCUGUUCGCUACUGGGCAAAACAAAAGCAACUAGCUGGAAAUCCUUUUGGAGGGGGGCCAUUGAUGAAUAAUUAUGCAGUGACUCUCUUGGUUAUGUUCUUCCUUCAGAACAGGACACCUCCAGUUCUCCCUACUGUGAAUAAUUUAAAAGAGCUUGCAGAUGAGGAUGACCAUUGCAUAAUUGAUGGCUGGGACUGUACUUUUCCAAGUGAUCGCACUAAAAUUGAACCCAGUGCAAAUUCUGAAGGAUUAUGUGGGCUUCUUGCUGAGUUCUACAAAUUUUACUCUCAGUUUGACUUUGCUGGAACUGUCAUUUCACUGAGUGAAGGUAAAGUUCAUCUUGUAACUGAUUUUAUUGGUCCCGAGUCAGACAAAAAUCUCCGACUUGGGCCAAUUAAUAUCCAGGAUCCGUUUGAGCUGAGUCACAAUGUUUCUGGAAACAUUAAUGAAAGGACGGGACAAAAGUUUAAACGACAGUUGGAUGAAGCCUUCAAGUACUGUCGCAGCCUACAGUAUCAGAGAAAAUCAAACAAAGGGAAGAUCUGGGGCUUAGUCAGAUUGUUUCAACCUCUAAGUAGUACUGACUAUUCCCCUGCACAUUCUCCAGCAGUGGAUUAUAAUCCAGGCAAAGAAUUGAGCCAUGUAGGGAAUUUGUUAACUAUUCCCUUCAAAUUGUCAUGCCUUUCAGAGCAAAUGAGGAAAAAACUGUAUGGAUCUCCAGAUUUCAGAGAAAUCUGGUUUAACAAAGUGUGCCAUGCUGUCUUCUAUGUGAUGGAGACUGUCCUUAAAUGUAGUUGUUCAUGUAAUGAGGGAAAUAAUGUACAAACCGAGGAUGUAAAGAUCAGUAGCUUUGAUGGAACUAGGAACAAAGAGGAAGACAGCUUUGGAUUGAAGAGACCAUAUCCUAUGGAAGAGAUACCCGAAACAUCAAGCGCCAAAAAAGCAAGAAUUGAAACUCUUCAGUACCAGGGCAAAGUAACAUGGCACUGUGCUGUUUGGAACAAAGUAUGGGUUGGGCGGAGAAAAAUGAGACGUCAGCUCCCUUAUAGAACAAGCGAAUCUGAUGCAAACACUAGCGCGAUUAUCAAUUCCUUGGAAAUUGAAGAAAAAGUUACUGAAGCCAUAUUGCAGCAGGAGGAGGAUGGGGAUAAAUCUAGCCCGUUAAUAAUGUUUACUCUCAGUGCCUUUCUGGUUGGAGGUAAUGAAGACACAAGGACUAUGAUCAGAGUCACCCCCAUUCAACACACUGCUUUAUUCCUAGAAUUCUUUCAUUUUCUAGAAUCGUUUGUUCCUAAGAUGACUGAAAAAUGCUUUGAGAAAUCUGACUAAAAUGUCGAGGACAUGGCAUUGAUGUGGUUAUGUUUUAAAUAAGCUUUUUAAUAAAAUAUUGAAUUGACUUCUGGAAUAUUACUGAAAGCCUUUGUUAUGAAAUGUACAAUGAAGUUGUGUGUUUCUCUGAAGAGCAUUGAGUAAAUUGGAACAGGAGUGGAUCUAUCAUAUAAAUAGUAUAACUGUUAAAUCAGGGUUCCAAAUAAACAUCUGUAUUCAGCAAAAAUGUAGUGAGGUUGAUGAAGCUUAUUAUUAUGCCAACUUUCUGCAGCAAAAAAAUGAUAUUUGGCUUCUUCUAUUUGCACAGUGAGCUAAUGUAAACUGGGAUUAUCUGGGGAGAAAUCCAGUAGACAUGUUACCUCUAAUGGAGAGAAACAUCAGAGAACAAAAGACUUAUACAUUGACUUGCUUAUUUUACUGAUGUAGCAAGUUUGAGCUUAACUGAACUUUCAAGCUCAUUUGAUAGACUUAAAUUACAAAAUGGGAAUGGAAUCUCUCCAAUACAUAGACAUGUGCUUUGGCACUGCACCCAGGGAUUGAUCAACAGUGAAUUUUGCUCUUGUGAAGUUUCUUUUGGGCAUUGUAAAUGCUCUUUUCAUGACUAGCCUUCCACUUUUACUCUACUGUAGAUUUUCUACUUUUUAUAGAUCUGUUUGCUUUUAAUCUUAUACUGAUGUACCAGAGUUUUUCUGACUCUUGAAAGUUUUAUUGAUGAAAAGGUACAAGAUAUAAAUGUCAAAGGUAGGUUUUGAACAUCACUGAAGAAAAUAAAUUUGGGACUUUGCCUGUAAGCAGGUAUUUGGCUGAUAUUCACUACUGAGCAUUUUAUAUUGAUGCAUAAAUACACCAAUGCAGGAAAUAUCUAUUCUUGUGAUACAUACCAAACUAUUAGGGUGACGGAAGUGAUGUGUGACCUACCCUCCUUCCCUAUAUUUCACAAACUUAGAUUAAGAAUAUCACUAUCAUUAAUGCUUCAGUGUGAAUAUCCUUUAUUGAAAAUAUUGGAAUGUGGGGAUGAUCAACCAUAUUAAACAAUGCUGUCACCGUACAAUGGGCAAUAUACUGCACCAUAAACUUGGUGAUUUUGUGUUUGUAAUCUAGUUUGAAGGGUUUGAUGGCAGUUAUUUGCGUGUGUGUGUCAGAGGAGAGAGGGGGUUCCUUUCAGAGUGAUAGGAGGUGGGUUGGAUACAAGCGGCCCAUAUUGGAAGAAUAGGAGAGGAAUAUCACUGAGCUUUACCACUCCAUUAUUUUUAAAUUUUAAAUGUUCUUGAGGAUUGCAAUUAUCACCAUUUUUUUGUGCUUGGCAACAGCACAAGUGAUUGGCAAAACAUUGGAAUAAGCUUACUUAACACCUUUUGAUAUAUAGCGCGUGUGAAAGACAAAUGGAAUUAAUGAAAAUCUGUAAUCAUGUGUUUAUUGGAAUCCUGGAGCUUUAAUUUUGAACUUUUCCCAUCCUCAACUACAUUGUAAAUUUGAUAAAUGUGUAAUCACUUAGUGCUUAAUAUUCCUGGGGCAGGGUUUUAAGGCCCUGCUGUGGCAUGUCUUCCCCCAGUGUUGCGGCGAGCCAUUUAAAUCUCUAUUCAGUUCGGCAGGACUGUAAUAUCCUAUCGGGCUGUAAAAUCCUGGCCCAGGUCUCAUUGUACGUUUAUUUUAAAAAUGAAAUUACUAGUUUUAUAAUGAACAUAUACCAGUAGAAAUCCUCUGGUAUCUCUCCUGCUAAACUGUUUGGUAAUGAAAGGACUUUGCAAUGCAUGCUUCUGCUGUUAAACUGGGGGCAUGUUGGAGGUGGCCUUCGUCUUUAAGGGCUCAUUCAGUACCUAAUUGCUGUUUGGUAAGGAUAGUUUGCAGAUCAGAAGUAAGUUGUAUAUUUCCAGCACCAUAUCAGAAUGAAACAAUAUGAACAUCUGGAUCUCGCAUUCUCUCAUUUUUAACACUUGUAAAUGCGACAUUUGAAAUGUGGCGAUGCUCUCUCAACUUUUAUACAUGUAUAUAUUUAUUGUUUGAAUUUGUAUUGGAGUUCUACAAAGUUGGUUCAUUUUAAAUUACUUAAAUGUUAAUUCUAAAAAUAAAGUUUUUUUUAGUUUGUUUGGCAA